GGAGUUUUUGUGGCUGCAGGAAUCAACGUCAUGAGUUCCAAGUCGUCGACCCCUGCGACCGAUUCGACGGCACUGCUGAGCGCGGCGACGAUCUACGGCACGGAGUGUGCGAGCGUGAACAAGGAAUACCUCGUGUGCAAGAGCAAGGAUGAGAACCCUCGUGCGUGCUUGGUUCCUGGCGAAAAGGUCACGGCAUGCGUGUUGAAAACGCUGCGGGUGCUCGAAACCAACUGCGGCGACGCGUUCACCAAGUACAAGAACGCGUUGGACUCGAACUGGCAUGAAUUGCAAGAAUGCCGCAAGGAACAAGCGGCGCUCGAAGCGUGUUACAGAGAUUGGAAGCACAGCAAGUCGGCGUAAGGUGUUGGAAGGGUUGGUCAAGACUGCUUCCCACGGCCGUCGUGUCCACACACUUGCCCACAUACUCGUCCCGGACACAUUCAGUAAGCAUCAUUAUCUGCAAUGUGAAUAAACCUUAUCACACCGACGCGAUAUAUCCCUUGAACGACAAACAGCCUCUAAACGUUCUAGAGCGACCGCAAAAACCCAAUUUGGUCGGUGACUGCGCCAAGCAGC